AUGCGGGCCGGGCCCGGGCAGCGCCCCCUGGAGGACGGGAGGUCCAGGUCACGCUGCGGGGACGGCGGUGCGGAGUGGGGGGUGGAGGAAGGGGCGGCUCUGAACCCCAGGUCCGUCUGUCGCCCAGAAGGGGGUCUGUCGUCUGGCAGGGACUUGGCGGGGGGCUUUGAGGAGGACCUUCCCCAACCGACUUCCCCGAGGACCCCACUGUCCCGCGAUCCCGGGGACCCCGCGUGGGGCUGGGAGUGGGAGGGGGUGAGGAGCCACCCGCUGUACAUUCGGGGACCGAGACCCAGCGAGGGGACGCCCCCGGCACAAGAAUUUGCCCUAGAAGAGCCGACCACGGCUGUAACAGCCCAGGGCAAUGCGCUCGUUUUGUAUCCGGCGCCAACUGUGUGCCGCGCAGCUCACGCGGUGGCGCAAGGGCCCGAGGUCGGCCCAGCGGGGGCCCGAGGUCGGCCCAGCGGAGACCCGAGGGUCAACCAGUCAUCGCAAUCAUGUGGCCAGCGCUGCCCUAAAGCUAGGGUCCCGCGGUACUACAGCCCCUGGGGCGGCCGCACAGGUGCCUAA